AUGGCGGAACCCUCCGCGGCCACAGAAAAGGCUCCCAAUGCCUCGACAAAGCCUACACCAAAGCCAGUCAACCCGGCAUUCAGAAUGCUCGGAAUGCCAAACUUACGGUUUAAACUUCCGUCUCGCAAUUGGAUGAUCUUUUUUACAAUCACCGGAUCCUUGUCAGCUGCCAUCAUCUAUGAUCGUCGCGAAAAGCGCCGUGUACAACAGAAGUGGAGUGAUUUGGUGGCGCAUAUCUCGAAAGAGAUACUCCCUAUCGACGAGACACGACGGAAAUUAACGGUGUAUCUGGCCGCCCCUCCUGGCGAUGGGCUGCGUGUUGCUCGCGAUCAUUUUAAGGAAUAUGUCAAGCCGAUCUUGGUCGCCGCAGCUCUAGAUUAUGUGGUUAUCGAGGGAAGAAGGGAAGGUGAUGUGCGCGCCAUGCUUGCAGAACGGAUCCGCAAGCACAGAAGAAAGGCCGGCGAGCCUAGCUCGGUCGUGGAGGAGAUCGGCAACGAAGAUAUCAUUGCUGAUGCAAGACAGAGGAUUGGCGUCACAGAAGAACCGGGCCCCAAAGGAGACUUGGUCAUUGGACGACACACCUGGAGGGAAUACAUUCGGGGUCUCCAUGAGGGUUGGCUCGGGCCGCUUGAUCCCCCCCUUCCUCCAGUGACACCUACAGAGGAACCCUCGCCUUCUGCGGAAGUACCAGCGGCCAGUGAACCUGCCGACGGCGCACCUGUGGCAGAAUUUGUUGAAGAGACUACGGAGAAGAAGGAGGAACCGGAGAACAAGGACGAAAAGCCAGCCAAGCCUACCGGACCGACACCAGCAUACAUCUUUCCUGCCGAAUAUUCAUCACACAGCCUUCCCGCCACCCUUCCACAAUCCUUUGAGAGCUCCGUUCCCAUCCAGUUCCCCCAUCUCCUGGGCUUCCUUAACACCCCCAUCAGACUCUAUCGCUACUUGAACCGACGCCACCUGGCCGAUGAUAUUGGACGAGAAGUCGCCGGAAUCGUCCUCGCCUCGUCCAGCAGACCCUAUCAGGACAAUUCCUUCAGCUCCGACUCCGAACUCAGCGGUGCGAGUGUCGAAGCUGGCGCAUCCCCCGUUUCCACCUCCGAUGACUUGACCGCUUCCUCCAGCUACGAGCAGCAGACCGUCCUUGAGCACGAAGAGUCCGAAUGGCACAAAUCGGUGCACAAGAAGGACGAGACAAACCCGGACAAGGAGCGCGAAUGGCUCAACGAAAUCGUCCUUGACCCCCGCAUCGCUUCCCGCAUGCAGCGAUCCCUCCUGUCCCCCGAGGACGAGGCACGCUCACAGCGCCUCGCCGAGAGUACAGAAUACAUCCUAGGAGAGGAGAGACCCAUCCCCGUGCCCUUCUGGAAGCGCAUGUGGGUCAAGUACGGCUACGGCGAGGAUGAGGAAGCUCUCAAGAUGAAGCCGAUUAUCGGUAACCUUGACGGAGAGGAUGGCCUAUGA